AUGAAGGAGCUCCUCGACUCGGACAGAGUCAACUUUCUCAUCUGGAGGCAGUAUGUCCAGUCACAGGUGCCUCGUGAUGUGCCGGCAACGGCCGAGGCGACGCAGCACGGCGUGUUUGGACCGCUGAUUGCGCAGCCUCCCCACAAGGAGGAGGAUUUUGAGGACGAGCCAGAGCUUGUCGAGGAGACGGAGAUCUCGUCGCGGAAGCGGCAGGUGGACAGGCAGCUCAAUAUUGCAAACGGCUCGCCUGCAAAGCGGCAGCGCCUGAGCAAUGGCUACGAAAAUGGGGCGGAGACAGCCACAACCCCCAUGGAAAUUGACCCCCAGAACCAGCUUGCAGACAACCACGCUUAUCCGUCACCCCUCGAGGGCGAGCAAGCCACAACGCCAAUCACGCGUACGGACGGCCCGGAACAGGGCACCCAGAUUGACAAGGUCGAUGAGCUGGCACCAGAAACCAUUUUUCUACGACUCGGCGCCGAUGAAUCCUCAGUCUCUUCCUCUUCAGCAGCAAAUGCAGCGACUGCAGCAGCGACGGUGGCAGGAGCAGGAGAAGCGUCACCGUCUCGAGCUAGCCAAAACCCUAUCGUGCUGCACUGCGAGUGGAACCCCAGAGAGCCAUCCCUCUUGGCGGCUGCCGGAUCAGAUGCGCUAGCCCGUGUGUGGACCGUCUCGCGUGCAACCGCCCAGGAACUCGUGGCUGAUCACGUGAAUGGCGUGAGCCGCCCCUUCAAUGACUUGACCGACCAUGAUAUGCCUAAGGACUCGACCGUCACUGCUAUGGCAUGGAAUGUCGACGGCACCGCCAUCGCACUUGCUACACAGUCGGACAACAAGGCGCACCUCAAUGUCUGGGAUGCCGAUGGCACCCACAUGCAACGGUUCGACAUCGCCGAGCCGCCCGUCAUCAAGCUGCGUUGGAAUCCGAACAACGACUCCAUCCUCGGCAUUGCCCCCGACAAGAAGGGCACCGUGAUCACCAUUUUCGCUGCCGAAAUUGCCAACACAGUCUCCUACUGUCUCUUAGACCAUGACCUCACUUCUGAUCCCUUAGACGCAUCCUGGCUGAGCGCUUCUGAGUUUGUCCUCUGUGGAGGUGACCUGCUCUUGUCGCUGCGUUAUGCAGAAGGCUCCAUUGUGCCACAGCGAAAGUUUGAUACCGGUCCGGAUGCGCGUCUCUCCCACGUUCAGUUCGAUGACCGAUCAAGGCUAGUCGCAACCGCAAGUGAGAAGGGUAUAAUUGAUCUCUGGAACGAAGCUGGAGUACACCGCUCCAUCUCCGCACAUUUGGGCCCAAUCACGUCGUUUGUCUGGCAGCCGUUGCAGGCUGAAGCGCGGCAAGAUGAGAGGUUGCUCGCCUCCGGCGGUGAGGAUGGCGCCAUUGUCAUCUGGAACGUUCUGGCGCCAGAUAACAAACCGAAAUGCUCGAUGACGAUGGAGCUACCCAUCGUUGCGUUAGCCUUCACACCAGACGGUGCCUUCAUUGCUGGUGCUACUACUGAUAGAAUCCUUAUAUGGAAGGUGGGAGAGCAUGCUAUUCCUAGGGCUAGCUGGAGUAGAGCGCCGCAUCCAGGAUGGUUAAGCCCGAGGAUGAAUGGAGAUGUCGAGGAAGAAGAUACACAUUGCCUGUGCUGGGAUGCCACAGGUCAGAAGCUCGCUUACGGCGCAAACAGCCGACUGGCUGUCAUUAACUUCCGAUGA